CUUUUGUUAUCAUUUCUUUAUCGAGAGAAAGAGAGACGAGAUUAGGGAUUUAGUAAAGGAGAUGUAUUAUCAGUUGACCAAGUCUUCUUACAGAGACUCUUUGAAGAUUCUGGAGGCUGAUAUAGAGCACGCCAAUGGACUGGCUGCUGAGAUUCCAAUGGGAAAGAGUGGUGUGCGACUUCAGAUGAAAUUGGUCUGCAGCAAUUUGGCUCCAUUCUUCAUAUUCCUCUUGCAAUGGAUGGAUUUCUCAUGUCUGCUUCCAAGAUAUUUUGAUUUCUUCCACAUACUCAUAUACAAGGUACGUGCUGAUGGGCGGUGGAAUCUAUCCAGGUACGGAAGGAAAGCUACAAUCAGGGAGUUUUACGGUGUUAUAUUACCGUCACUUGAGAGACUUCAUAUCAACUUUGCUGACUUACCGGACGAAAGCUUGUGGUAUCCGAAUCCAAAAGCCAUCACGAAAAAACAGUAUGACAUUGAAGGUAGCAGAUUCAUGAAUAGCAUUGACUUGGAAAGAGAAGACGAAUGUGGGAUUUGCUUAGAGCCUUGCACCAAAAUGGUGUUGCCAAACUGUUGUCAUGCCAUGUGCAUCAAAUGUUACCGAAACUGGAACACAAAGUCGGAGUCAUGCCCCUUUUGUCGGGGAAGCAUCAAGAGAGUGAACUCAGAGGAUUUGUGGGUGCUGACAUGCGAUGAAGAUGUGGUGGAUCCAGAAACAGUCACCAAAGAGGAUCUUCUUCGGUUCUACCUCCACAUCAAUAGCCUCCCAAAGGAUUAUCCAGAAGCUGCCUUCUUAGUCUACAACGAGUACUUGAUAUGAUUUGAUCCGGAAACACAAACACGGGUGUACAGAGGGAGAGUGAUCCCAGACCUUUAAUUAAGUGUACAUAAGAAUCUGGUGGUCCAAAAUGUUCCUUCAUUUUAGAUUAUGAUUUAAGAAGAUUGUCAUAAUCAUAAUGUGUACCCCUUUAUUAUCAAAUAUAAAAAGAGAAAGAUGAUCUUGGCUACAUAUUCCUCUCUUCAUGUCUGAUUUCUUCUUCCCAACAUAAACAUGUUUCUUCAUG